AUGGUACUGGCAGUUGUCUUGUUGCUGUCAUCGAUCUGCGCUAGUUUUGCAGACCCUCUCCCUCUUGACAGCAUCGGCCUGCCGCCUGGCUUCAGUGUGAACCCUGGAGGGGUGUAUGGGGCAUAUGACAAGGAUGGGGACGGAGUGGCAGAUCAGACUGUGACUUUGUUGUCGGGUCUCAACCAACCGAAUGGGGUGGCGUGGCACAACGGCUCCCUUUUUGUUGCCGAGGUCAGCCGCGUCACUCGCUUCGACAAUGCUGAUGCCUCUGUGAUUGCAAAUAAGCCACUGCCAGCAGGCAAGGUGAUCUUCGACCAGUUCCCAAACAUAACCUGGCAUGGCAACAAGUACAUCCGGAUAGGCCCGGAUGAAAGGCUGUACAUAGACCUGGGCGCUCCCUGCAACGACUGCAUCCUGGAGAACGCUGUUGGCAACGUUUCUUUUGGGUCCAUCAACUCCAUGCGCCUGGAUGGGAGUGACCUGCAGCCCUAUGCAACAGGCAUCAGGAACUCGGUGGGCUUUGACUGGGAUGCGAAUGGCACGCUCUACUUCACCAACAAUGGCAUAGAUCAGCUGGGGAAUGACCAGCCGGACGACGCACUCAAUGCUGCCCCCAAGCCUGGCCUCUUCUACGGCUUCCCCUACUGCCAUGUGGUCGGUGUGGGAAACCCAGUGCUGAGGGUGCCUGGCGCUUCUCAGUUUGUGGCGGAUCCAGACUUCAGGCCCAACAACGCCACCAACAAUGCAACCCAUCUUGCCUUUUGCGAAGAGCGCGUGCAGCCGCCGGUACAGGCGUUGGGUCCUCAUGUUGCAGCUCUGGGCAUGCGCUUCUGGAAGGGUGGGGGUUUCCCGUCGUCCUACACAGGCACGGCGUUCAUAGCGGAGCACGGCAGCUGGGCGCGCAGUGCCGCCAUCGGCUACCGCAUAGCUUCCGUCGCUCUAGCGCAGAAUGGAACCGCCGUCAGGCACACCAUAUUCGCGUCAGGGUGGAUGCUCAGAAAUGGCACCGUGUGGGGGAGGCCGGUGGAUGUGGCUCAAGCCAAGGAUAACUCCUUGCUGGUGUCAGAUGACAAGGCCGGCGUUGUUUAUCGCAUCUCUUACAACAGCUCCUUUGAAGCGGCGGCCUCCGCCGCUGCCGCCACUCCAGUGACAGCCUACCAAGGACCUCCUUGAGGUGGCGAGGGCCGGCUAUGUUCAAUGCACAUUUAUCUUUUUAAUUUCUGAUCUCAUUGCGUGUCUGGACCCCUGGACAGAGUCAGUGUGCUGGCGCUGCUGGCUUUGGCAAGUGGCUGCCUGUGAGGCUCCCCCAGUCUGAUAGAAAUCAAGACUAUGGCCACUUCUCCGCGCAUAGGAGGCUGCAGCCUCGAGGCAAACAAAAAUGAGGCAAAGAACCAGUACUUUGUUGAAAACCUAAUGAGAAUAUUCCUAGUAUAAUGACCAACCGCAAUUCUCAAGCGGCCUUCUGUCGUGUUAUGCACAAGGUGCCAGUCCCUUGUCUCCCAGAACAGUGUUAGGCUGUUU